AUGAAGGAAGAUCAAAAUUGCGAUGGUUCAAAGAGGAAUGAUACGGACAAAAGCGAGGAUGAGGGAGAAGAUGAAAACAACCCUAAAACAAGUGCAAGCUCAAGUAACAGUAUAGUUGAGGAGGGUAAGAAAAGGACGAGCUCUGCUGGGGUGAGACAGUAUGUUCGAUCCAAGGUCCCAAGGCUAAGGUGGACUCCUGAUCUACAUCUUUGUUUUGUAAAAGCUGUCGAGCGACUUGGGGGUCAUGAAAGAGCAACACCAAAACUAGUUCUGCAUCUAAUGAAUAUCAAGGGCCUUAGUAUUGCUCAUAUCAAGAGCCACUUACAGAUGUAUAGGAGCAAGAACAUUGUUGAUCAGGGCCAAGUCAUAAACGAGAGAGGGUAUCAUCCUACGGGGAACACAGAUCACCUUCUGUACAACCUUUGGCAAUUUCCCGAUCAAAGGAUUAGGUCCAAUUUCAGCCACGGAAAGUGGAUGUUCAAGGCCCCCAGAUCUUUUAUGACAGAGGGCAUGGAUAACAGAAAUGGAACUGGCUUUCAAGGAACAGUGUCAGAUUGGAAACACUGUAGAGGUAUUGGUACAAACACAAGGAAUGGGGCUUUCUACAUGUAUAGGAACUCAUCUUUCACUACACAAAAUUGUAAGACGUCCCAUGGGUUCCAGGAAGAAUUUAGAUUAUCAAAUGGUUUUGCUGCCAACCAAAACAACGCCAGUUCAACCGUAGUCGAACCCAUUACCGCAAGGUCUGCAACGCGAUUGCAUGGAACUAAUAUAGGAGAAGAGAACGUGAAAGGCUUCAUCAAUUCAGUUUCCCCAACAAUCUGGAGCAGUAAGGGAGAAAAGCUAUACAAACAACAGAGAAAAGCUCCAGACGAUGAUGGCCUAGAUCUAAAUCUGUCAUUAAGUGUGAAAUCAAGACAAGAAGUGAAGACAACACCAUGGUAUGAGGAGGAAAAAGAUAGCAGUUUGUCUCUUUCUUUGUUUCUUCCUUCAAAGAAAGAAGACCAAACUAUAGAUUUAAACAUGUCCAUCCAGAUGAAAGACGAAGAUAUUACUAAGAAUCCAGGUUUGGCGAGUACUCUGGAUCUGACUACAUGA